UCAGUACCAAUCCAGUCUUCAGAAUCCAGUAAUAUAGCUUCCGCGUUCUCUCUGUUUAAGGAUUAUUUCGACAAGAAGUUGGGCGCCUUGAAGCGCGAUAUUCAAGACGAGUUGUGCAGUAAUACCGAUUCUGUAGCCAAAAAGUUCAAAGAAGAAUACAAGAUCACAUUUAGAUUCGAAGGUAAUAAGAAACAGUUUCAAUUCAACUCCGACCUUGCAGCGAAGGUAAAGUCGGCGUCAGCUGCCCUCGGAAAGAGAAAAUUAGACCUUGUUAAAACUCAUGAUCACGUGGAAGAACUAGAAUCUGACAUCAAGAAGCGCAUUAAACGUAUCAGACUGAAAGACAAGUCCGCCGCCGGUUGGGAUUUGGUGAACGAGUAUUUAUCUGACGAACUGGCUAGCGGGUCAGAGGUCGAGCAGAGGGCCCUUCGUAAACGCAGCCAACGCCAACAGAAAGUGAAGCCAUCCAAGCAAGGUUAUUCACAACUCCAAUCAUCUACCGCAACCACUGCGUUUUUUGGCCAACAUUAAUCAUCCUCCAGACCUAUUUCUUGUACUCUUGGCGCUUUCAGCAAACCAAGACCAAGUGAUAUUUGUUUCGCCUGCGGCCAGCAAAGUCAUUGGAGGUCUCUGUGUCCAGUUAAUCCUCAAGCCAGAUCUUCAAGCUCCGGGCCGUCCUUUCCUAGUUCUUUUGGUCUUUCGGGCACUGGAGUUAAAUAGGACCACAGAACUGUCUCGAUACAGUCUUUAGGCAAGAAGAGGCUUAUUCUGGACUUACGUCAUGUCAAUCAUUUCAUUUGGAAACAGAAGUUUGGGUGUGAAGAUUGGAGAGUUUUAUUAUCAUAUGUUAAUAAGGGCGAUUACCUUUUCAGUUUCGAUCUCAAGUCUGGGUAUCACCAUAUCGAUAUUUUUCCGGAUCACCAAACUUUUCUGGGUUCUCCUGGUUUUUUUCUGGUGCCGUUCGGUAUUUUUGUUUUGCAUCACUUCCGUUCGGUCUUAGCUCAGCUCCAUACGUCUUCACCAAGUGUCUUAGAGCACUCGUUAAGUGUUGGAGGUCUAAAGGGAUUAAAAUUGUUGUGUACCUCGACGAUGGGUGCGGAAAAGGGGAUUCACUGCCUAUGGCCAAGGAAAAUUCAUUGUUUGUGCAAUCAUCCUUAAGCAGUGCAGGGUUUGUUGCCAACUCCGCCAAAUCACUAUGGAGCCCCACCCUUUUGCUUGUUUGGUUGGGUUUAAACUGGGACUUAGUUACCGGUACCAUUUCUAUUACCGACAGACGUAUUUCCGAAUUUAUCGUUCUGAUUGACAAAUUUCUUCUAUCCGCACCUUAUGUUACGGCUCGGGAUUGUGCCGUUAUCGCAGGUCAUGUUAUGUCCAUCAGGGGCACCCAAAGGCAAUUUUCGGGAAAAUAUCUGUUCGGAAGACGAUUUGAGAUCUAGAAUUUUCGGAUCAUUUGUUGUAAAAUUUCUUGCUUGCCUGCCUCUCCUAGGAUUUUCGAACAUCUACAAAAUGGUAUAAUUACUCAUUUUUAACGGAUUUUGGAACUAAAAAAGGCCACCUAUAAAUUUUCGGGAGCCUUUUCCUGGCUGAAAUUUUCGAGAAGGUAAGUUUUUAUCCCUAUAAUUUUCGGAUCACUAGAUUUUCAGCUAGGAGAUCCGAACAGAUGAAAAGUUUUUAGGGGAUAAAAAUAUGCCUAUAUCUACCGUUUGAAUGCUAAAAUACGUUCAACAAUGCUAUGUUAAGUGGUUUUGAACUAUAUCCUCGUUGGGUGCCCCUGGUCCAUGUAGCCAGUUUUGGGUAACCUGACUCGUCUCAAAACCCGUUUUCUUUACGAGGUCAUAGAAUCCCGCCAUAGUUGGGAUUCCCGUUUUAAUAUCGGGCUUCAUAAUGAUUGCCUCUCUGAAAUAUUUUUCUGGAAAAACAAUAUCGUUAGUCUUAAUAAGAGACCUAUUUUGCCUUAUUAUCCUCCCCUUUUGUUUAACUAUACGGACGCUAGCAACGGGGCUUUUGUUGUGGGCACUAAUGUGGUGUCCCAUCGUAUGUGGACUGCUGGUGAAGCAGCUAAGAGCUCUACCUGAAGAGAACUUAAGGCUACACAAUUUGCCUUAAGUGCAUUCAAAGCCUUGGUUCUGGGUAAGAGUGUAAAGUAGCAUUCUGACAGCCAAAGGGACCGUUCGUGCUGUGGAGAUAGGGAGCCCUAGUGCAGGAUUGCAUUAUAUUGCGCUUGAUAUUUCUAUUUUUGUCAAACUUACAAUAUUACACUUAUUCCCCAGUGGGUUCCCAGGGAACGUAAUGCUUGUGCUGAUGCGAUUAGCCACAUUUUAGACUUCGAUGACUGGUAUACAACCGCCGAGUUCUUCGCACACUUGGACCGCCUUUGGGGCCAACAUACAGUCGACAGGUUUGCGAAUGCUGCCAACGCCCAUCUUCCCAGAUUUAAUUCUAGGUUUCGCGUACCCGGCACUGAAGCUGUUGACGCAUUUUCAAUCUCGUGGAAUGGAGAGAAUAAUUGACUAUUCCCUCCCGUCCACUGCAUUACUGGGGCAGUUCAGCAUCUCCUUUUAUGCGGUGCGGUUGGUACUUGAGUCGUCCCUUAUUGGCCGUCUAAUGUGUUUUGGCCUUUCUUGUUCGCGAAUGCAAUUCAAUUCCAACCGUACGUCCCCGCGUACAUUAAUUUUCCCGACCCCGCAGGGAUUUUUUCCCUCGGGCGUUACAAAGAUUCACUCAUUGGUUCAGACAGGUUUAACAGCGCGGUCCUGGCAGUCAGAACUGGCGCCAAGGGGCUUUAGUUCUUUCACGCCGAGUGGCUUUAUGUUGACCCACGCGUUUUUCAUUUCGCUCGUCAGUUCAUUUGUUCUUGUUUCGCAUGAAACUAGCUCGCCGAGUGGCUUGUUUACCUUUGUUUUUGAGUUGGCCCAUAUAGCUUAAAUAGUUUUACAUCCGGUUAGCGGCAUUAUCAAGCGUCCAUUUUUUUUAUCUGUAUCAGGGCGUAAUAAGCUAGGGCGUUGAAACGAGCCGUGUCGAGCGAUCUAGCUGUGAUGCAAGGGUCUGGGUACUACCAAAGAGACAAAACAAGAUGUCAGACAUUAUGCUGGACCGUCAUAGAGAUUAUCCAGCGAAAGUUAGCCAUUAUCCCGUGGCAUUCAUUUGCUGCAAGCAAUAGCGAAGGAACAAGUUAUUUUUUUCUCACGUUCGUUUUCUGUUUUGUUCAAUUUUUCGCCCGCGAACAAAUAUCUGUAUUCAAUAUAGUUCCACCUUCGUGACCUGUAUCAAAAUUUCGUGACUUGGUAAGAAAAUGGCAUCACAACUCAGAUGAUAGCACUGACAUCAUUUUUAGACUAAUAUUAUCGGUUCUCUGCUUCAGUUUGAUAUCAAGUUGUGUCAUUCAUCAUCUGCUAUGGCAUUUAUUUUUUGCUGCCCAGUUUCAAGGCCAGAUGAUCAUGAUUUUUUUUUUACUAUUAAAGUUUGGAUUUGUUGGUGCACAUCAGUAUUCUUCUCUAAACACCUUAUUGAGCUAUCUCUAAUGUUGAGCAUUGGACAGAUUGUGAAAACUAAAGUCUGGGUAAAUUGAAAAUAUAAUUAAAUCAUCAUUAUUUUUUAUCUUGUACACUAAUACGACAGUGCAAUGAAGAAUAAGUAUGUGAAAAAAAAUAUAAUUCACUGCCCUUGAAAAACUAACAAAGGGGUCGCACGAACACAAAUAAGUAGCCCAGCAAAUAUUUUUGUUUGAUAAUAACAGCUUUCUGUGAUGAAAUGGUCACUGAAAACUACCCAUGCAAAACAGACUAAGGAGCUUAAAAGAAACUAAACAUUCACUAGUCUUACAUUGCAACCAGACAUUGCCAUAUAUAUAUAUCUUACAGAUACAACAUAAAACAUUUAUAUAACAUACAAAUUCUAAAGUAUAUUGCAAACAAGAAAAUUAUACAGAAUUAUGCACAAAUGAAAUACAAAUGGCCUGUAACAGUUAUUUAACCAUUGAAAAGCAAACUUUUUCGUGUGACCAGCAACCCUAGCACACUUGUAUAGUUCAUGUCCAGUAUUAUUCAAUUUCAUUCUUGGUUAAGUUUAUUACCUGCAGCCAGGCUUAAUCAAACUUGAUUCAAAAAAAUACUUUCCUGUUUCCUUGUCUACAAUAUAUAAUAUUAAGAGAGAGGAUAUAAUGCUAGAAAUAUUAUACAGUAGUACAAUCAAAAGAUAAGGCACCACCAGGAAAUCGAGUUGGUCCCUACUAUUCUUCAGUCAUUUUCUUUUACUCUCUAUAAGAGUUACACUUGUCCAUUAAUGGAGACAUUUUGUGCCAGUUCCAAUGGUUUCCAUCUGAGAGCUGACUGUAGUUUGUGCAACACCAGACGUAAGCCUCUGACGAUAAAAAUACAAUGUUACACAGUAGCUAGUCUUAAUUUAUUCUGCUUGCAAUCAAAUUAAAAGCUCGAGCUUCAUGUUCAUCCUCAUAUUCACGGUUAUAUGAACUCGCUUAUCUUUCAAUGUGUGUUCUAGUAGUCUUUUCAGGCCGGGCAGUCACUGUUGUCCUGAAAAAUCAUAAUAACAAACACAUUCUAUGAUUUAAUUUUACAGUGGAAUCUUUUUGGGGAUUUGAAAGCAUUCUGGUUCUGUGCAAUACAAGCUUUAAAUUUUAUACCGCAGUGAAGCAGAAUUUGUUGUUGUUUAAUAUAUGUAGACUGUCACGCCAGAUCAUUCGAAUGCAAUUUUCUAGUAGAACUUUAAAAAUAGUCAGAAUCUUCUUGGAUCGCGGCUCUGUAACCAAAAAAACAUUUAUUUACCACCUUAGUGUAUAUUAAAAAGAGAAAAAUCGCUAAAUUAGGCAACUGAAAUCUUUUAUUUUACUAACAAGCUAAACGCGUACAAAACAAAACCCUUGCUAUCGCCAUUAGGAAGUCGUCACUUCAGAAGUAAAACAGCCUUAAAGGUUCAUAAAAGUUUCCUCUAAAAAUUUGCAUGCACAAACAAACUUUAUAAAACCAUUACAUAUUUUUUUUUGUAGCCGUUUAUUAUCAUUUGGUUUUGACUGGCAAGAUAAAACGCGACCUUCAACCUGUAAUAUUCGAUAUGCCAUAUUGACACUACAUAAACAUAAAAGGCGAAAAAACACCUUAACUUAUAAUUAUAAGACUAACUAUAAAAUAUCCCCUUAAUAUUUUCUGUAUAUUGCAUAGAAAUACGCCAAAUAUCAAAUCUAAUUAUAGAUUGCAGGGAUCUAAAGGUAUAAAGCAAUAAAAGCGACCUACCUUCAGCUAUACGGGGCCAUUUUUCUUCCCCUGACAGCCGAUCGAGAGCGCAAAGGCCAACUAGUUCUAGUCCUACUCCGCAUCACAGCUGAACCAGAGAGUGCGUAUGAGCGUUUCAACGCCCUAGCUUAUUACACCCUGAUCUGUAUUGACUUCCAGUAGGUGUAUGGAAGAAUUUUGCCAUUUAUUUUUGUUUUUAUCCUCGUAGAAGUUCUCAAAGAUGCCUUGCGGACUAAUUUUCAACAAGUUGAAGACUGGUGACUCCAGGCACUGGUUCAAGAUCUCCCCGCAGUUCUUCUUAAAUCCAAAGCCGACAGUGCCGCGAGGAAGUACGAAAAGGUCUUCAAUGCUUCGAGAAAAUGGGCUUCUCAGUUUAAAGAAAUUGUCAUAUUUCCCGCUUCUAGUGUACACGUUUCAUUGUUUUUUCUCAGCUUGAUUCAAGAAUCUGCUUCUUGCAGUACUAUUGAAAAAGUCCAUUAUGGGCUCAAGUGGGUGCUUGAUUUGGCAGGUCUAUCCGACCCCUGUAGUUCCUCGUUAGUUUUACCUUUAAAAGAAUCUGCUAAGAGGCUUCUCAGUAUCCCCGUUAAAAAGAAAGAGCCUGAGACCCCCCAGGCUAUGUAGCUUUUAUUUGCUAAGUAUGGAUCGUCUUCAGCUAGUUUGUCUGAUUUACGAGUUCUUCCUUUGUGCGUUUUAGGUUAUGCAGGGUUUUUUCGUUUAACGAGUUGGUCCAGUUACGCAGGUGUGAUUGUCAGUUUGAAGAUUCUUUUAUGAGGAUCUUUGUUCAUCGAAGUAAGACUGACUUUUACAGGGAUGGGGGUUGGGUUGUUGUCGCUAAAACUUUCAAGCAUACAUGUCCUUAUUUAUUAGUUCAACGAUAUUUUGUGUCUGCUUCUUUUUCAGCAGACAUCAAAGAGUUCAUUUUUCGCCCUCUUGUUUUCCUUCGCGGUACCGGAGCUUACAAAAUGCGCGGGUCUGUUUCUUUGUCUUAUACUAGAGCGCGGGAGAUAGUGCUUAGCGCUUUCAAUUCCAUCGGCCUUCCCAAGCAAGACUACGGUCUCCAUAGCCUUAGGUCUGGAAGUGCCUCCGGUGCUGCUAAUGCCGGAUGCCUA